GGCUAUCUAACUUUGGCAUGGCCUAAACUAUAUUAUCGCUGAAGAUUUGCUGGUGGGCUAAGCAUGGUCUUCCGAGGGGCUUCCGGUUUCCACCCCCGAAAUUUCUGGACAUGCAUGCACAGUAUUUAUGUUUGCCGGUCAAAAAAAUUCUCCAUCUCACUAACGCAUGCAAUCUUAUAGCCUUUUGGGCUAUCCCCCAGAGUAUAAAUUCCGCCCUUUCCCCUACCGCUUCCAUAACUUCUUCUCGCUCUUUGUUUCAAACCCACGCCGUCUAGCUCCCAUAGACUCUAUUUAUUGUCCACUCCAUCGGCCCACAAUCACUCCCUGUACAGUUUUGCGCCUUAUUUUCCUUGUAUAACUUCCACCAACCCCUCCUCCGCUUGAUCCACUCAACACACCAUGUCCGGAUUUGAAGCUGAAAAGGCAUCUUUGCGCUCUAGAGAGCACCACAACGGCACGUCGCUGCUUUCCGACAAUAACGCCACAAAAGAGUUUGAAAUGACUAACCAGAACGACUUGAAACUCCAGGAGCUCGGCUACCAGUCAGAGCUCAGACGGUCGUUUUCGAUCUGGUCCAUUUUGGGGGUAGGCUUCGGGCUCACCAACUCGUGGUUUGGGAUCUCUGCCUCCUUAAUCGCCGGUAUCAACUCUGGUGGCCCGCUCAUGAUUGUGUACGGUAUCAUCAUCAUCGCCUGUAUCUCCUCCUGUGUGGGGAUCACACUCUCUGAGCUUUCCUCGGCCAUUCCAUCCGCGGGAGGCCAGUACGUGUGGACGCGUGUGCUCAUUCCAAAGGAUAAGAACGCUUCGUUCUGGUCCUAUCUUUGUGGUUCGCUCGCUUGGGCCGGUGCCAUUUUCACCUCUGCCUCUACGAUUCUCUCCAUCUCCACCUUGGCGGUGGGUUUUUACGCCUUGUGCCACCCAGACUUUACACCCAAGGCGUGGCACACCUUUGUGGCGUUUGAGUUGUUGAAUAUCUUCAUCUUCUUCUUCAACUGCUACGGCAAGAUCCUCCCGCACAUCGCCACGGGGGCCUUGUACAUCUCUCUUUUCUCCUUCGCCGUCAUCACCAUCACCGUGUUGGCCUGCUCUAAGGGCAGCUACAAUACCCCUGCGUUUGUCUUCAGAGACUUUGAGAAUGCCACCGGUUGGGAAAGUGCUGGGUUGGCCUUCAUCAUCGGGCUUGUAAACCCGAACUGGUCGUUUUCCUGUCUUGACUGCGCCACCCACAUGGCUGAAGAGGUUGAGGAACCAGAGCGCAUCAUCCCGAUCUCCAUCAUGGGCACCGUCGCCAUCGGUUUCGUCACCUCCUUCUGCUACUCUAUCGCCAUGUUCUUCUGUGUAAAGAACUUGGGCGCUAUCAAUGCUUCCAACACCGGGAUUCCGAUCUUGGACAUCUACCACCAGGCCUUGGGCAACAAGGCCGGCGCCAUUGUGCUUGGGUGUUUGGUUUUCCUCACCGGUUUGGGCUGCAACAUCUCCUGCCACACCUGGCAGGCGCGUCUCUGCUGGUCUUUCUCCAGAGACAAGGGCUUGCCCUUCUCCGACAAGUUGCUGAUCAUCGAUCCACGCACCGGGGUUCCGCUCUACGCCCACUUUUUCUCCUGCGCUCUUGUGGCGUUGGUCGGCUGUUUGUACCUCGGCUCUUCCACCGCCUUCAACUCCAUGGCCACCGGCUGUAUCACCUUCUUAUUGAUGUCCUACGCCAUUCCAACCUUUGCGUUGCUCUUUGUCAAGGGUAGAAAGAACUUGAAGCACGGCCCGUUCUGGUUGGGGCCUCUCGGGAUGUUUGCCAACGUCGUCACCAUCUUGUGGACCUGUUUCGCCGCCAUUGUCUUCUCUUUCCCCGUCACCAAGCCAAUCACCAGAAAUAACAUGAACUACGCGUCCCCGGUCAUUGCCGGCUACGUGCUUGUUGCUGUCAUCUACUGGCACGUGAAGGGCAAGAAGGAGUACAGACCGGUGGACGACGAAGCCGAGGCGUAUGUCAAGGCUAUGGGAGGCGAAUCCCCAGAUGUUGCUUUUUAAACGGUUUCCCGUGUUAUUUAUUUUUUAGAUUUGUGUAUAGAUCUGUUGAUGGAUUGUUUUAUUGCUAGAUUAUGUAAAGGAGGAUACUUGGGCAGUGUUAUGUACGUGAUUAGCUCGUCUGGCCAAGAUGAAAGCCUUCCAUCUUCAUUUCAGAGCCGUACGGACCGACUUUCAUAAGUCUAUCGGUCUUUACGCGUAUUAAAGGCGUAUCUGGAGCUUCUACCCGACUGGGUUUUGCUUACUAUAAAAGUAAUAGUGCAGAUUUCACCUCCUUCUUUGGGAUAC